AUGGAGGAACCAGAGUAUUCGAGAAAAUCAGCUGCAUCCGAAAACCGUAGGAAUCUGGCACAGUCGUCUAAUGAAAAGAUCGUAUCAUGGUUGUCACCCCGGAGCGAUCACUUUCCCACGCCUCGCGGUUUUCACUUCUUGUCAGCACCGAUACUUCCUUCGUCGCCCUCGACUGUCUCGGCAGACGAAAGCAAUUCUCCCUCGACAUCUUCGAACCCAUGGAACAGAUCGAGUACCUGCACUGAUGUCACCGAGUUUGACGAUAUAUACGACACUUCGGGGGACGAAGACAAGAUUAUGCCAGUACGAAAAGCGUCGCUGAAGCGUCAACACAGCACUCGCCGAGCUUCGUCUCGCAGAUCCUCUACCCAGUCAUUGGCAUCUCAGAGGGCCCUCCCAAAAUUGACGAUUCCCGAGUCUGAAGAUCAGGGCACUGAAUCUUGGUCCGCAAGACCCAAUCUCAGGAAAAUGUUGACUCCAGUGCCUCCUACACCCCCAUCCAGGGUGGAGAUGUCUCCAGCUGUUAUCUAUUUCCUGGAGAGACAGCAGGGUCUUGAUAUUCCCACCGUGUCCGCACCUCCAUCUUUGGAUGGCAGCAUGAGCUCUGAGCAGAUGGCUGCCUUGUCGGCACCUCCAACACCGGUGAUGGGUGCAGGCGAAAGUGUCCCCGAAGCUGAUUGGGCUGGUGUUCGUCUGCAGCCAGGAGCCCUCGCAACUCUGCGUGCUCUUUCUGGAGGUUCCGACGUGGCCGAGGUUGAGUAUCAACAGGAGCCGGUCAUUGAAAUUUCCCAAGCACCAAUCCAGGAGAUGUCUCAACAGACAACGCGCCUAUUUAGCUCCCAAAGACCCGCGCUGAGGCUCUCCACGGGCUCGCAGCGGUCCGUGACUGACUUGGCCCGGCUUGAGAUCCCCUCGCCCAGCAAUUUCUUCUCGGGGCUAUCGCCUCGGACCAGACACACUUGGCACAUGCCUACAAUCACUCCGGAUGAUGUUGCUCCACCGACCUCUACGACAGCCGAACAGUUCUAUCGAUGUCCCUGGGUAGAACAAUCGGUACCCCCGCUCCCCAUUCUUCCUUCCAUGCCCGUGCUUCCUUCCAUUCUGGCAGACUAUGCUUCGCCCGCCUCAGUCCGUGAACAUAUCAUUGAGGCUCACGGAACCGUGUCUGAUGGUAUGCCAACUGCGAGACCUGUGAUCCUGGAACAGAUUGUUGAUGCCAAGGGCAUUCAGUCGGAUGAUCUUCCCACAGCACGCCGCAUUCCGGAAAUAUCGGUACCAUCUACCACACCCGCAGCUCAGGCUGAGCCAUCGUCACCAAAGGAGGACAUUGUUGCUACCGAGAUCGUGACUGCAUACGAUCCCGAGUAUGUCAGGAAACAGCAAGAGGAAGCUCUGUCCAAUCUGGAUCGAACCGAGCUUUGGCUCAUGGCACAGAAGGCUUACCUCAAGGGAGUCAAUCCUGAGUCAGAUACCGAGGCGGAAUCCAAGUUGGAGGCCGUAUUUGCAGAGACUCCCCAAGAUGAUAUUUCCAUCAUCAAGAGUCCCGUAGUUGAGACUUCUCCUAUUGGUGCUCCGACCAAGAAGACUGUUCGCUUCUCCGAAAUUGUAAUCAAGAACGACAUCCCGCGGUCUUUGCCAUCCAUGCUCUGUCGUCAGGAGUCUGCCUAUUACCGCGCCUUCCAGGACUAUAUCAUCCGCAGUCGUUCCCACGAUGCCUUUGUCCACCGUCUGCCCCGCCUCGAGGCUCUUCAGGCGCAACGCGUAUCUCUGCGUGAAGCUCACCGCAACCAGCUUCUCGGCAAGUUCCAACUCUCCGUGGUGCCCCAAUCUGCCAAGAAGAGAAUGAGCACCAAUGUUGCUCGCGGAGAUGAUGUGAUUGUGGACGAUCCCGAGAAGCUCAAGCUAGAAAAGGAGGCAGAGGCGCUCCGCCAAAUGUCAACUGCCAACUGGCAUGUCCAGGCCAUGAAGACGCUCAACGGUGGCCGCCUCUUUUCGGCGCCAUUGGCAAAGAGAUUGGCGCGUCUUUCUCGUAUGGCCGGACCCAGCAAGCGUGCCAGGAUCUUGGACCUCGGUGGCCAGGCAACGUGUGAGUGGGCGUGGCACUGCGCCAUCAUGUACCCCAACACCAAAGUAUACACCGUGACGACCAAGGCCAUCCGUCAACUGUCCAACUCCAACAUCCGAGGUCCCUCCAACCACCGCCAGGUCGCCGUCGACCGUCUCGCCAAGCUCCCGUUUCCCGAUGACCACUUUGACCUCGUUUCUGCUCGUGAACUGCACUCAAUCCUCAAGUUCAUUGGUGAGAAUGGCGAAGAUGAAUGGGAGAGCUGCUUGGCCGAGUGCAUGCGCGUUCUGAAGCCCGGCGGCUACCUCGAGUUCAACCUGCUGGACUCUGACAUUGUCAACGCCGGACCUCUCGGUCUCGCCAAGUCGGUCGAGUUUGGCUUCGCUCUCAAGACCCUCGGCUACGACCCCAACCCCACCAAGAUGUUCCUGAACCGUCUCAGCCGCGCCGGCUUUGAGGAGACGCGCCGCGCCUGGAUGUGCCUCCCCAUGGGCCAGAAGCAGCCCGUCAACAAGAACAUUGUUCGCGACAGCCUCGGCAACGAGGUCAAGCUCGAACUCGAGGCCAUGGUGCAGGGCAGCACCGAGGACGCCGCGUCCAUUGCCGGCGUGGCCGGCAGCUGGGCCUGGGAAAAGUGGCUCCUGCGCUGCGAGACGGAAAAGGUGGCGAGCGAGGGCAGACUCUUGGACACGGCCGUCAUUCGCGAGGCGGGCAUGUGUCUCGAUGGCGUGCACGAUGUCAUUGAGGAGGGUAGACGUUGUGGUGCUGGAUUCCGGGUGCUGAGCGGUUUUGCCAGAAAGCCCCUCGUCCACAAGGAACUUGUACCCAUUACCCUGGUGCAGUAA